GCCAGGGCUUUCUGCAAAGGCUCCCACUGCCUUUAGAGCUUCUGUGGCCUGGCCUUAGGUUUCUCCAGGAUGUCGGACCUCGAGGAUCAAGACUAUGAGGAGGAGCAGGUGGAAGCUGAGGAGGCAGCAGAGGAGGAGGAGGAAGCCCCCGAGGUGCCGGAGCCAGCGGCUGAGCGAGAAGAGGAGCGCCCUAAACCCAGCCGUCCAGUUGUGCCUCCUCUGAUUCCCCCCAAGAUCCCCGAAGGGGAGCGCGUGGAUUUCGAUGACAUCCACAGGAAGCGCAUGGAGAAGGACCUGUUGGAGUUGCAAACACUCAUCGACGUGCACUUCGAGCAGCGCAAGAAGGAGGAAGAGGAGCUCAUCGCGCUGAAGGACCGCAUUGAGAGGCGCCGGGCCGAGAGAGCUGAGCAACAGCGCUUCAGAACAGAGAAGGAGCGCGAGCGGCAGGCCAAGCUGGCGGAGGAGAAGAUGCGCAAGGAGGAGGAGGAGGCCAAGAAGCGGGCGGAGGACGACGCCAAGAAGAAGAAGGUUCUGUCCAACAUGGGCGCCCACUUCGGGGGCUACCUGGUCAAGGCAGAACAGAAGCGGGGAAAGCGUCAGACCGGGCGGGAGACGAAACUUCGGAUCCUGUCGGAGCGGAAGAAGCCUCUGAACAUCGAGUACCUGGGGGAAGACCAGCUCCGGGAGAAGGCCCAGGAGCUGCUGGACUGGAUCCACCAGCUGGAGUCUGAGAAGUUCGACCUGAUGGAGAAGCUGAAGCAGCAGAAAUACGAGAUCAACGUGCUGUACAACCGCAUCAGCCACGCCCAGAAGUUCCGCAAAGGGGCGGGAAAGGGCCGCGUGGGAGGCCGCUGGAAAUGAGCAGCGCAGGACCCCAGGCCCACCUUGAGGCGUCGGGAGCCAACCCAGUGGGUCCCACAUGCAACUCUAAAUAAAUAAAUGUUCUAAAUAAAGGCUCCUCAGAUA